UAUAAAUGCUCCAAACAGUGUAAAGUCAUAACUAUAACAAACUCUUAAUUAUCGAAAUAAUGAUUCAACUACCACUCACCGGCGACGGACCAACAACCAACGUCUCCGCCGUGAAACCGAAGGCCUCCGGCAGGAGCGGCGGCGGGGGGACUCGGCAUCCGGUGUACAGAGGUGUACGGAAGCGGCGGUGGGGGAAAUGGGUGUCGGAGAUCAGAGAGCCCCGGAAAAAAUCCCGCAUUUGGCUUGGCUCUUUUCCGGUGCCUGAGAUGGCGGCAAAAGCCUAUGACGUGGCAGCUUUGUGCCUCAAAGGACGAAAAGCUUCGCUCAAUUUCCCUGACGAGGUCGACGAUUUACCCCGACCGUCCACGUGUACGGCCAGGGAUAUUCAGGCCGCUGCCUCCAAAGCUGCUCACGCCGUCAAGACCAGGUCCAACCCCGACGACGAAGUUGUUGCCUCCGACAUCGAAGACGGCAAUGUUAACGGCGACAAUUUCUGGGAGAACAUUGAGCUGCCGGAGUUGAUGUUGACCGGUGGGUGGUCGUCCACUUUCGUCAAUGGAGACGCCACGUGGCUCGUCGACGGAGAGUUCACGGCGUGUCCAUGAGUGUCGUGGAGUAGGUUCGUUAGUGCAUCUGUGGGUUGUACGUUACUGUUGACCAAAGCGUCGAGGUACAAUUUCUUUAUGCACAUGUAAAUGUCAGUGUUCUUUACUAGCUCGUGGUUAGUUAAAACUAUCCUUGGUAAUUAAAUACAUACCAUUUGUCUUAAUUACUCUAUACUGAAUUAUAUAUAGAUAUGAUAAUUAUAGUUU